AUGGAUUGGAACCUUUCCCAAUUCAACCCUGAACUCGUCAACUCCAUCAGCCAAAGGAACGAGCCACUUCAACACAUUCGGAUAGCUACACUGCCCUCGAAAGAAAUCGGAACCAUCAUUGGACGCGAUUUCGCUGAACUCGUGACACCUUCAGAAGUAAUCCAUUCAAAACAAAAUGUGCCUAUUGGAUGGAAAACGCCACUUGGAUGGUCUCUCUGUGGACGCGACAAUGCAACGACACCCAGCGACAUCAACAAAAUCAACUUCACGACAGACGAUACAUUGUUUCGCCACGUAGCUACAUGGAUGAAAAUGGACGCCGAAGGGAUUUCAACUGACCAACGCAGCCUCUCAACAAACGACAAGGAAGCUCUCCGCAUCUUGGAAUCUUCAACAACCCGCUUGCCCAAUGGACACUACCAAGUUGGAAUGCUUUGGAAACGUGGACAACAACUGCCAAACAAUAGAUGGCUUGCCAAGAAGCAGCUCGACAGCCUUCUCCAACGACUGAAGAGAAACACCGAGAUGGCACAGAAAUAUCAGGAGACCAUCGACACCGACUUGCAGAAAGGUUUCAUAGUCAAAGUUGAUGAUUCCCAUGAAAACUCAACAGGAAAAUGGUACCUUCCUCAUCAUCCAGUGACAAACAUCAAUACAUCAAUAAACCUGGCAAGCAACCUACUAACUGGACCAGAGCUCCUCACAAACCUUACUGGAAUCGUUAUGCGAUUUCGCGAGGACCAAAUCGCUAUUUCUGCCGACAUUGAAGCAAUGUUCAUGCAGGUCUUCGUGAGCCCAGAGGACCAGCCGUAUUUGCAAUUUCUGUGGAAGGACAACACGGGCCAAUCCGCAACCUUCCAAUACACCCGCCACAUCUUCGGAGCUACCGACUCACCAUGUGUUGCCUGCUACGCCACUUGA